UCGGUCCGAGAUCUCGGAUGGAAAGAGAAUUGACCAAUCGCAUUGGUUAAUUGGCCGAAUUAUUCAAACGCAAUUGGUCAAGAAAGAAGUCAAUAGUUUCUUGCGAUGUCUUAUACGAGUACUUCGACUUUGUGUUGUGCUUUGUUGUGCUUCAUGACGACGAGAGAGAGAGAGAGCGUUUUUUCGUGUGAUUUCUUGUGAUACUACAAAAUAUUUCUGUGGUACAACGAAAAUGUUAAACAAGCGCGAUGAAAAAUUAGUAGAGACUUAUAAUUUCUACGAGAGCGAUUAUUUAACUUGCUAUUAUUGAUUUGUUAAUUUUGUUAUCCAACUAUUAUCGAAAUUAAUUUAUGCACAGCGUAACUGUCCGACGAGAUUUAAUCUUGAGUUAUGUAAAUGUAGCUUUGAUAUGUCGAUUGUAGCGAGAAAGAAAAAUGUACGCUGAGGUGUUAAAUGAACUUUUGCCAUUACAACUCCAGCAGGAUUUAAGAAGAAACCUGAUUGCACUGUUGUCGAAAUAUCUCGUUUCGAGAACGUGAUAAGUCUUGCGCCUCGUUUAUACCUUCUCGAGCGGCAAAAUCAUGGCUGUGUCGGUAAACGAGAUUUGCGAGAACACGAAGCUCGCGCGUGAAAUGGCAUUGAUGGGGAAUUAUGACACGUCCGGUGUCUAUUAUCAAGGAGUCGUGCAACAGAUACAUAGGUUACUUGCGACAAUAGCGGACGCGACUCGCAAGGCCAAGUGGCAAGUGGUACAGCACCAGAUCGUCGAGGAAUUUGAGAAAGUGAAAGCCACAUCUAAUACGCUACAGCUUUUUAAAGUAGAUGCGCAUAGCGAGAGACUACUCGGAACAUCCUGUUUGUCAUCACUUGAGGAAUCAACGAGAGAUUCUGCCUUUUGGUCUUACAACAAUUCAGAUUCCUCUUGGAAUCAGAUGCCACCUAGGGAUCCAGAUGUCUGGCUUCCUUUAACUCCAGCAGAACAAAAAAAUUCCAGACAACAAAAGGUUCAACAGAAGCAGCAGAAUCGAACAAAUACUAAGAAAUCUCUUGCCAUAGCUAAAAAACCAGAUAGUAAAGCUCUUAGCAAAAAGGAUGAUAAAAAAACUGUAAAAAAAGAUGAUGCAAGCAAGGACAAAUCAGAAACAGAAAAGGAUGUUGAAUUAGAAGAACGUAAAUUUGAACCAUCUGCUAAUGAUAAAGAUCUUGUAGAAAUAUUAGAAAGAGAUAUUGUUCAAAAAAAUCCAAAUAUCCAUUGGGACGACAUAGCGGAUUUACAUGAAGCAAAGCGAUUGUUGGAGGAAGCAGUUGUUCUUCCAAUGUGGAUGCCUGAUUUCUUCAAAGGAAUCAGACGACCUUGGAAAGGAGUAUUAAUGGUUGGACCACCCGGCACAGGUAAGACUAUGCUCGCAAAGGCUGUUGCAACAGAAUGUGGCACAACAUUCUUCAAUGUUUCAUCCUCUACAUUGACGUCGAAAUAUAGGGGUGAAUCAGAGAAACUCGUUCGAUUACUAUUUGAAAUGGCCAGAUUUUAUGCGCCCAGCACAAUAUUCAUCGACGAAAUUGAUUCGCUAUGCUCUAGAAGAGGAUCUGAAUCCGAACACGAAGCUUCACGUCGCGUAAAAUCCGAGCUUCUUGUCCAAAUGGAUGGAAUAAGUUCAAAUAGUGAGGAUCCAAGCAAAGUGGUAAUGGUACUAGCAGCAACAAAUUUCCCAUGGGAUAUCGACGAAGCUUUAAGAAGACGCUUAGAAAAACGUAUUUACAUUCCACUACCAAAUCAUGAAGGCAGAGAGGCAUUAUUAAAGAUAAACCUUCGUGAAGUUAAAGUAGAUUCGUCUGUAAAUUUAACUGAUAUUGCAAGGAAACUCGAGGGUUAUUCUGGCGCGGAUAUUACAAAUGUUUGCAGGGACGCUUCCAUGAUGUUAAUGCGAAAGAAAAUCGCGGGUUUGAGGCCAGACCAGAUCAGACAAUUGCCGAAAGAAGAGUUGGAUUUGCCUGUAUCUGCCGCAGAUUUCGAUGAAGCUGUUGAAAGAUGUAACAAAAGCGUUUCUCAAGAGGACUUGGAAAAAUAUGAGAAAUGGAUGAGCGAAUUCGGUUCCUCUUGAUAUCAUUCUGCCAAGAAAUAAUAUAACUUGUUAACAUAUUCAUUCCUCCUGACCACAUUUAAUGUUACAAUAUCAUUCUAUUUAACAUAUACAAAAAA